CGAGAGACUGCAGUUAACGCGAGAGCAGCUGCCUGGUUGUACAGUUCCCGUGACGAAAGCCCUAAAAAGUCAUUCAGGGACAGGCGCUAUUAUUCGGACAUUUUCUAGCCCGCCCGAGUCCGCUUGGACCGCGGGACGACAUGCUGCAGCUGGGCGACGAGGUGUCGCUCUACACCGUCGUCUUCGUGGUGGUCCUGCUGGCCACUCGGAGUCCGGUGUAUUCCAGCGUCCUAGCGGGCUUCCUCUAUCUCUUCCUGGCCAUGUUUCGCUUCCCACAGCUGCCGGCCAGCCGAGUCCGACAAGUGCUUCACCCGGACGUCUCCGGCAAGGUGUCCGUGGUAGCUCACCGAGGCGGAGGACACGACGCACCGGAGAACACACUCGCCGCCAUCCGACUGGCAAGCAAGAACAGAGCAACAGGAGUAGAACUGGACUUGGAGUUCUCUGCAGAUGGAGUGCCAAUCCUAAUGCAUGAUGACAGCGUGGAUCGGACCACGAACGGGUCAGGACCCCUCAACCAAAUGAGAUUUGUUGACUUGGGGAAACUGGACGCGGCUGCUAAACAUCGACUCAGGGACAAGUUUGCUGGAGAGAAGAUCCCAACACUGGAGCAGGCUGUGGAAGAAUGCCUCAAACUACAACUCACCAUAUACUUUGAUGUAAAAGGCCAUCCAGACCAGGCCGCAGCAGCUCUUUCAGCUUUGCACAAGAAGCACUCGGUACUGUACAACAGCAGCAUCGUCUGCUCCUUUGAGCCCAAAGUCAUCUACAAGAUGAGGCAGACCGACCCACAAAUAGUCACCGCCUUGACCCACAGGCCAUGGAGCCUGAGUCGCUUCGGAGAUGGCUCCCCGCGAUACUCGUCGCUCUGGAAACACUACUGGCUGACACUAAUGGAUAUCGUGUUGGAUUGGGCCCACCAUCACGUGCUGUGGCGGCUGUGUGGCAUUUCAGCCUUCUUGGUGCAGAAGAACUUUGUCUCGCCGGACUACGUACAGUACUGGAGUCAGAGGGGAGUGGAGGUGGUCGCCUGGACGGUGAACACCGCAGUGGAGAAGCAACACUACCAAGAGCUGCUGAAAGUGGGCUACAUCACAGACAGCCUUGUGGAGGACUGCGACCCCCACUACUGACACUCCAACCCCACCGGUGCCAUCCUUUUAGUACGCACAUGACUUUGUGCGUGUAGUAUAAACAUGAAUGUGAUCAGAGGCAUUGUUGUGCCAUGACGUCACAGGAAGAGCCUUAUAGAGAUCAGCUGUGUCACAUUGACUCGACGGUGACAAGACCUUCCGCCCGGCCAGCAGCAAAGGCCUAAUGUCUGCAAUGAAAUGUAAAAUCAAUACUACAACCUGUUUUAAAUGUUUAUAAUUGCAGUUUUUGAAUGUAACACUUGGUAUACACAGCAAAGACUUCCAAUGUAUUUUCACCUGUCCUCGGUUGUUGCUUCAGGAAGAUAUUUCCUCACCGUCUUCAUUGAUUAGCCGCGUCACUAACACCUUUUUGACGGACUAUUGCUCUUGGCUGGCGAACCCAGGUGAGUGGCCCACAUAGUAGAGAUAAUCACGGUGGAUAUCACUCAAGAUAAGCCUGCCUGAGCCGCUUUGGAGCAGACUUCUCAUUAGCGGCAGUGCAACGACUGAUGACCCACACAUGAACUGUGUUUCCUCUUCAUAGUCUUUAAGGGGUAAUUAAAAUAUACCUACUAUGCGUGUGUAUAUAUCGUAUAAAUUGUGAAAAACAUCUGCAUGUUGAUGAAUAAAUGUUAUCAUAUACUCUU